UGCGUUUUGAAAAAAAAAUAUAACACAGAUAAAAAAAUAACCUUAUCCUUAUUCUUAUUGUCUUCCGUAAAAAGAUGCAUUCGAUGAAAAUAUCGUAUUUAAAGUAUAAUUGCUGUUAAUUCCUGUUAAAAAACAUGUCUGGUGGACUUAUAGACAAAGUUUACAUAGGCUUAGACCAUGCGCCGGGCGCAUUUGACAUUAAAUCGCGUAUACACGGACCAAAUGGCACUAACUUAGAAUAUAUACGUUCAGAGACGGGAGUGGCUGCUGUGUUGAAAGGUGACAAAUUUGAACCAUUGCAUUUGGCUCUGCAUCAUACGAGACAGGAAGCGUUGGCGGCUGCUAGAUCGCUAGCACAGAACUUGAUAGAGACUAUACGCGCAGAGUUGGCUCAGUGGAGCGCUGCGCAGGCUGGGGGGCCUCCGCCUGCGUUGAAUGUGCCCCCUCCGACGUUGACAACUACGGCAGCACCGCCGCCAGUUCCACCACCUGCAGUGUCGGUAGCGCUGUCAGCUCCAUCCACAUUGACAACGUCGACUAUCCCUACCGUCAUACCGCCUGUAGUCAGCGUCGCCCCGGCCACAACUCCCCUUAUGACAGUCCGGCAACCAACUGUGUUACAGUUAUUACCCCAGCAACACUAUGUACUGAACCAGGAGAAUGGUCAACUCAUACCCAUUGUGCAGCCCGGUGUACAGGUGUCCAACACCAACUUCACAUCACUGCCCUUGACCCAGCAACUCAACACUAUACAGCAACCAAAUUAUGGCACACAAAUUGUGGACAUAUCGUCUAUGCAACCGGUCAACGUUACCCAGUUACGAUUGAGCGGAGUGCCUAAUUCUAUGUCCAUGAUUUUGCCCAACGGUCUGUCCUUUCCGCAAGCGAGUUUAACAGGUGCUGACACUACAACAGUUAGCUCUGCAACAGCAACCCCUGUGGUCUGUGCGGCUCCGAGCACAAACUCCUCACAAAAGUUCCUGUACAGCACAGACAAAGGGGACAAGGAGAUCAAGUAUCACAUACAAGGGGCCGACACAAUGCAAUGGACAGUGCCGGGCUCUCAGACUAUGUUGAUACCUUACCAACAGCUGCAAGAGCUGACGUCAAAUCAGACCGGCUUGACUAAUAUACAGCCGCAGCAGUUUGUGUCUAUAGCACCAGCAAACAGUUUCCAACAAACAUCUCUACCGCUGUCGGCCAUGCAGUUGCAACAGUUGCAAGGCGCUGGCACGCUCAUGCAGUUCAAUCAGAAGCCAAUAGCGAGCAGUGCCUCUCUUAUAAAUAUAAUAUCGACCGGCCAAGCGUCGUCUCCACAAAUUAUAUCAAGUUCAACUCCGACCAAAACUAACCAAGAGUCAAGAGGUCAGAAAAGAAUGUCAGAUGGCUCACCAAGCCAGUUACAAUUACGACCUAUAGCACCUGCUGGGUCGCAUGUAAGCCAGGACAAGAGCACGUCGAGAGAUUCCAGAUCUUGGACCGCAGCUGCAGCCAGCAUUCCAGACGAUGUAGAGGAGGCCCAGAAUACACAGAAGUCUAGAGACAACACGACGGUCAGUAUGGGAAUGAAGAUAAAUCCGGCACACGGCACCAUCAUUCAUGUGUCUUCAGGACAGCAGACAAAUGUAUCUGCUUCCUCUGUAACACAAGAUGGCUCAGGGAUGUAUAUAAAACAAAACGCCAUUCAGAUCCAAUCCACCAAAGACGGACAAAAGCAGGAGCUAACGGCAAAUAAGCUGCAAAACACUACUCAAAAUGUACAAAUGAUAACAGUACCUCAAGGCAUGACUGUACUUCAGAAUCCGUUGAACAUCAGCCAGAUGCCGACUAUGAUUGGCCAGCCGAACAGCCAAGUUUACAUGAUACCGACCAAUCAUCAAAACUUUGUCCAAGGUGGUCUUCCUCCCGGAAUAAUCGGACAGCAAGUUUUACAACCUGGCCAGAACGUGACAGUUAUGCAGCCAAACCAGCUCGGCAUGCCAGGCGGAGUCCAAUACAACGUGCCAUUAAUGCCAAUGAACGUCCCGCCAAAUUCGCAAUACAUGCCAGCUGGGAUCAACCUAAAUACGCAGUUGUCAGCUCAUCAAUUGAACGCAGCUCUUGCCAGUCAACAACUGGCGAAUUCCAAUUUAACAGUCACUGGUGCGAUUCCUAUCGUUCAAGCUCCACCUCCCUCAUCGCCGAUGACCAACACCCCAACGAUACCAGUCUCCCAACCUCCGCCAGUUCAUCAAAUUGUGCCGCAAAAUUCUAACUUCAUCACACCCACAUCCCAGUACGCUAACAUGCCUCCCCAAUAUGUGGUGCAAGCGAACUCCGGCGCAAUGACAAUGCCGGCGUCUAACGCAAACGUCCAAUACACUAUGCCGACAAACCAGCCGACUACUCCGGCUCCUAACAAUGGGAACGGUCAACCGACUGCUACCGAAACUGACGCUACCAAUGGAACUAGCAAUCAGACAAAUUACAUUUCCUCAUCGUCACAAGAGAACACUUACCCAAUUACUGGAACAACUCCCGUCGCAAAUCCGACGCAGCAGACUUUCGCGGCGGACGGAAACUCACCUUCGAACGCAGCCUUUACGCCUUCCAAUCAAACCGUACCUCAGCAGAAUUACGGAACAACUAACGGCGGCAAUUCACAGAACGCUUACAACGGUAGCCAGGCGACAACCCAACCCCCCAGUUACCCAACCAACGGGUCAAACCCUCAAACGCCCAGCCAAUCUUACGGCACAUGUACAACCGCAAGCUCACAAGCAAAUUAUUCUCCUUCGUCCACCCCAGCGCCUAACCAAACGUAUACAAACAUGCCGAACGUUGCUUACCCGCCAAAUCAAACUGGACAAAACCCAUACCCAAAUGCGACUGGGCAGAAUUUAGCGGCAUAUGCAAACAACCAGUACCAGUAUAAUAGCAGACCAUGGUUCAGGCCGCGGUAUGGUUCGCCACAAGGCUCGCCGUACGGUUCAAAUACUGUCCCUCCAAACGGACCCCCCAUGCCUGUGCCACCCCCCACUGGGAACUACAACAACUAUUGGCAGGACAGUUGAGAUUUAGAGAACAUCAUCGACACUGACAUAAACCAAGACUUUUGACAUAUGCCAGACGAUAUAUCGGACGUUCAAAUUAUGGAUAUUAUGAUAGUUAUACAGGUCGAUUGAAUUUCAUCUUCAUUGUUUUGUUUGCUUGUUGUAGAGCUGGUAUCUCCUAAGUAGUAGUUGGCACUCGACUAUACGUCAAAAUGACGUAGUUAAAACUCUUAUUGACGGACGGAAUUUGUAUUGGAUGUUUGCAUUAUGUGUCGUUAUCGAUUUACCUACUAUUAUGGGUUACAUAAAUCAUAUGACUACCAAUAUUAAUAAAACACUAAAGCACUUACGGACAAUAAAGUGACUUCUAUGUAUAUAUUUACAAAAUUCAGUGUUCUACUGAUUUCUAUCUAUGUAUAGAUUAUAUUAGUUAAAUGUUUUAAGUGUGCAAUUAAGCGAAAAGUUCUAUAUUAAAUCACACAACGUACAGGAUUUUCUUUGGCAGCGGUCAAGUAUAGCUGUUUCCAACAAAUGCACAAGCAAUUUGUGAUGUCAAUGUAGAAAUCAGGGCAACUAGAGAUCCUUGUGAAAUGUUAGUAAAGAAAGUAGUAUGAAAUUUACGACUUUAAAGGACAUGUCCCAAAAUGGGCCUUUACUAUUUAUAAUUUAUAAGCAUGUAUAUUUUUUUUUUACGGAUAAAAGAUACAAUUUGCUGUUGAGAAAAUUAUUUUAAGAAUUUUUGGAACCCGCAUUAAUUAGAUAAAUAUUUUUUUCGCUCCCUUGUCUACAAAUUAACAUAGACAAUACAUUAAAAGUGUUCAAAACAGCCAAUAAAAACACCUGGAAUGGAAUUAAUAUCCGGUGUAAGCUGUCAAUGUCAUGUAGGUAAUAUUGUCAAAUGUCAAUAAAACACAAGGCAAAGUGAAACAUUAAAUCGCAGACAAAAAAGCAUUAAACAAAAAAUCCUUAAAUUGCUUUAAAAACACCAUAAACGAACGCUACUACGCGAAGGUCACUGACAAUCUUUCAGGGUGUGAGUUACUAGCAUGUUGCCAUGAUAAAAAUCUUAAUUAUUGUUGUCAGCUAAUGAAAAAAAUACAUUUCAUUUAAUGAAUUUAAAAAAAUGCGGGUGCCAGAAAUUUUUUUAUUUUGGGUUUUAAGCUCUAUAUUUUAUGUUUAAGAUAAAAAUAAUUUGUUCUGCUUAGUUGACACUCUGAAUAAAGGCCCAGCCUCCAUACAAAAUUGGGACAUGUCCUUUAAUUAUUUAACUUAAAGCCUAUUUUACGCCAUGAUGCUAUUCUAUACAACAGUGAAAAUCGACUUAUUGCCGAUUGCGGAACUAUUCGUAGCACAUCACAAAGUUUUGUAUCUUAAAAUAUAUUUUAGAAAUUACCUCUGCCAAAUGAAGCAUCCUGUAUAUGAAUAUAAUAUUAAGAUUGUGUGCCUGAAGACUAAGAAUCUUAAUAAAUGUUUAUGUAAGAGAGACUGCUUUAAUGUUAGAAAUACAAAGUUUACAUUUAUAAAAUGUAUAAACUAUAAAAUAUAAAAUUAAAAUAUCUUCAAUGUA